UAAACGAAGUGUUCGCGGGUCGGACACAGCGUCCAAGAAGAUGAAGAUGCAGAUCUGGAGCAGCGUUGUACGAUUGUGUUGGUUGAGGGAUCCAAUCUUGUUCCAAUGGAUGACAACGGCUUCAGCGAUCCAUACGUCAAGUUUCAACUUGGAAAAGAAAAAUAUCGCAGCAAGUUUAAAUCAAAGACAUUGAACCCCAAGUGGUUGGAGCAAUUUGAUCUACGCAUGUAUGAUGACCAGACGAGUCAACUUGAGAUGACAGUGUUUGACCAUGAUGUCACAGGGAAGGACGACUUCAUGGGAAGAGCUGUGAUUGACCUGGCGAAGCUGGAAAGGGAGGCUACUCAUACAAUCUGCCAGAACCUGGAGGAUGGUGCGGGAAUGGUCCGGUUGUUGUUGACGAUCAGUGGCACUGCAGGCAGUGAGACCAUCACCGAUCUGGCCAACUACACACCCAACCCACGUGAAAGAGAAGAGAGAGUCAGAAACUAUGGUCUCCUCAAGUCAUUCAACAAUAUAAAAGAUGUCGGCUGGCUUCAGGUCAAAGUGUUCAAGGCCCAGGGUUUACGAGCAGCAGACUUUGGUGGCCAGAGUGAUCCGUUCUGUGUGCUGGAGCUGGUCAACUCAAGGCUGCAGACUCACACUGAGUAUAAAACACUCAACCCACAGUGGAACAAGAUCUUUACAUUCAAUGUGAAGGACAUCCAUUCCAUGCUGGAAGUGUCGGUCUGGGACGAGGAUCGGGACAAGAAAGUGGAGUUCCUGGGAAAACUGUCCAUUCCCCUAUUGAGGAUAAAGAAUGGAGAGCGUCGGUGGUAUGCACUCAAAGACAAGAAACUUAUUCACAGGGGAAAAGGUGCUGUUCUGUUGGAGAUGGAUUUGAUCUUCAAUCAUACAAAGUCAGCGGUCAGAACGGUGAAUCCUCGAGAGGAGAAGUAUAUGCAGCCAGAGCAGAAAUUCAAAAUAUCAAUCAUGAAGAGGAACAUUGACCGAGUGUCUCAGAUCAUUUCAUCCAUGAUGGAGGGUGGCCGCUUCUUACAGAGCUGCUUCAACUGGGAGUCCACCCCGAGGAGCAUCACGGCCUUCAUUGUGUACCUAGUGGUGGUGUGGAACUUCGAACUCUACAUGCUGCCCAUCACACUCCUCAUCGUAUUCCUUAAGAAUCUGGUCAUUGCUCAAAUACUUGGCGCUUUCAAGAAGGAACAAGUUGAAGACGAUUAUGUCGAUGAAGAUGACGAUGAUGAUGAUGACGAUAAAGAAAAGAAAAAGGAGGAGAAGAAGAGUUUCAAGGAGAAGCUACAGGCCAUCCAGGAGGUGUGUCUGCAGGUGCAGCAGGGCAUGGACAUGGUGGCCUCAUUGGGGGAGAAGGUGAAAAACACAUUCAACUGGACGGUUCCCUGGUUGUCGGGACUAGCUGUAAUCAUCCUCGCUGUUGGAACUAUUGUGUUAUAUCUGUUACCCCUCCGGCUCCUUCUCCUAGCCUGGGGUAUUAACAAGUUCACCAAGAAGCUGAGAAAGCCAAAUGCAAUAUCCAAUAAUGAGUUGCUGGACUACCUGUCUCGGGUUCCCUCUGACAGUGAACUGCUGCAAUACCGUGAAUAUCGUCCAGAUCUAGGAGGGACAACCAUUAGCAAGAAAAAACGCCAAUAACAGCAGGAUGUCCUUGUGACAUCAGACACGUGCCUUCCUCAUUUGCAUACUCAAUUGUGAUUGGACCAUGUGAUACAUGCUGCCAUAUCGUUGCAUGAUCGCUUCACUUACUUCACGAAAUCCAUGUUGGCCAGUCUUUCAACCUAGAAUUGUUAUGUAUCAUAUCCGUUGUUAGUGUGACCUCAGUGGCUGACAACUUUGUUGAAGCCUUUGAUAAUUUCUUCACAUGGAGAUCUGGAGUAGGUGACUUGGACUUGUCAGUAGUAAGGCUCCAUUUUAUAGACUGGUGCCCUACUUAAUUUGGACCAAGCUCUUCUUCCUUCAGAUGGAGACGGCCAGCCUGAUGGGACCAACCACUUCUUCAAUAUAGUCUACGUGAUAUUUUACAUGUCUCUUAUCUCUGGUUCUGUAAUAGACGUUGAUAUGUGACUCAACUUUUGAUAGGGAUAAUAGACGAGUAAAUUCUAGUCCAGUAAUUAGUUUAUUCUGUGAAUGAGAGAAGUAUCCUCAUGAAAAGUUGAGCAGUAUGUAACAAAGAAGCCAUUCACUAGUCCACACCCCUCUACCAAAUAGAUAGCGCUUCCUGUUUAACAGAGCCUUCUGACCAGUAUUGAUGAAUGGGGACACAUGAGUCAACCAAACCUAAUGCUCCAUUUUGUCUCAUUACCUAAGUCACCUGACAGUAUACUUACACCAGUAUCUAACAGAUACGACUGUCUCAAGAUAACAGGCAUUUCUAGAGGAAAUAACUGGCCUCUGGUUUAUAAAGUAUUACAGAAAUAGUCAGCUGGAAGGUGGAUGUCCCUCAAAAUAUUAAAAGGUUGGUUCCUAAUGGGUUCUACUGAGCUGUUUCCUAUGGGUGUCGCAUUGUGCUAUGUUACAGUGUCGCAUUGUGCUAUGUUACAGUGUCGCAUUGUGCUAUGUUACAGUGUCGCAUUGUGCUAUGUUACAGUGUCGCAUUGUGCUAUGUUACAGUGUCGCAUUGUGCUAUGUUACAGUGUCGCACUGUGCUAUGUUACAGUGUCGCACUGUGCUAUGUUACAGUGUCGCAUUGAGCUAUGUUACAGUGUCGCACUGUGCUAUGUUACAGUGUCGCACUGUGUUAUGUUACAGUGUCGCACUGUGCUAUGUUACAGUGU